AGCGCGGGGGGUUGGUUGAUGAUGGGGUUGGGGAUCCGGCAGUUCUGGAGAGGGAGAGGGAGCGGGAGAGGAUGAGGAAGGAAGAGGGGGAACAGCGGCGGAGAAUGCGGAGGGUGGUGUAUCUUGUGGUGGAGGACUUGGUUACCGUUGGGUGGAAUGAGGAGUAUGUUGGGAUAUUGAAAAGGGAGAGGGAGGCGAAAGCGGAACUAGGGAGGGCAGGGGAAUCCCAAGCGAAGGAGGGACCUGAGGUUCCCGAGAAGGGCGAGGAAAGUAGUCUCGUGGAUGCGGAACCGGCGGAUGGCAACGGGGAGCGUGAAGAUGGCAGCGGCGAAGAGGAUGGAGUGGACGAUGAUAUUAUACAGCAACUUAUGGCAGCUGAAACUUCGGCGGCGGUGGAAGAUGAAGCUUCCAAGACUCGGCCCUCAGAAACGCCAGUUCCGGGUGAACCAGACGGCAUCAUCGACUCCGACUCCGAUUCUGAUUCCGCCUUCGAAAGCCUCGUUGUCGCAGCAGCCAAAGUCGCGCAGCGCCGCAUCGCCAUCUCCUCUCCCGCUCCCGCUCCCGCUCUCGCUCCCGCUCUCGCCUCUGAACCCGAUCCCAGGCAAGAGCUCGAAGCAGCCAUCAUCAACCAAAACCGAAAGCAAAACCAGGCGCUAAACCACUCGACAACCUCAAACAACAACAAUCCGCGCCCUCCGCCUUGGAUGCCCAUCAACCCGCUCCAGCCGCUCCGACUCACCCCGCUCGCCUCGAUCCCGCACUUGCCCUACCGCCAAAACUGGAUGGUCAAUGUCCUGGCCGUGGUCACGUCGCUCGGCGGCGUCGAGCCCGCCCACAUCGCGCCGUCCUUCAGGCAGCGCACGGCGCGGCUGGCCGACAUGAGCACCGCGAAGCGGGUCCACCUCUCCGUCUUCCUCGACCCGGAGGACUUCGCCCCCGAGGUCGGCCGCGUGCUGCUGCUGUUGGGAGUCAAGAACCACUUGUUCGACGGCGGUUCGCUGAGGAAGUACGUCAGUGAUAGGCCGAGGAACGGGACCAGCUGGUGGAUUCAGCGGCCGGAGAGCCUGGCUUGGUGUCGCGCGGAGGUGGAGCGGCUGAGGGGUUGGUGGGAGGGGAAUUUGAUGUUGGAGGAAGGUGAAGGUUGAAGGCGGAUAGUUGGACGGAGGACAACACAGAGGAGAAGACGGGCAAGCUUCGCUCCACUCCUUACCACUGUGGCGUUUCUCCUGUGCAUACAAUGGAGUAGGCUAUGAUCUCUCUGAUCGUCUACUUCAAUGCAUUUGUUCCGUCAUAUGCUCCUAGGUGAUCGUCUACCCCUGGCUGUUGUUGCUGCUCGAUUGUGCAUAGCUUUGAUUUACAUUCAUACCGCGUGGACCGGGAAUCGAAGAC